AUGUCCUCCCCCAACACACUGACCGUUCCGGACGAAGGUACAAGGCCCUCUUCCGGAAUUGUCGACACAAACCCUUCUCGCAACACGGCGGAAACUCCAGUGUCCCUCAGCCAUGAAGGCGAGAGCCCGUCGCCAUCCCAAGCUGUCACUAAUGCUACUCCUGAGACCACCUAUACGACCACCUCUAGCUCAAGUGUGACCAGUGGAGUGGUUUCGGACAUUGAAUCAUCGACAUCUCUGACCGGUACGGAAAUCAUGGCCAUGCGUCGGCAAAGAACAGUCAAUCGCAUUAUGCAACACUUUUGCCAAUACUUGGAUUGGAUAUCGAAAGGCAAUGCUGUUCGAGCAUCAACUGAGCCUUUUCACCAGACGUCGUCCCAGUCUCUGCCAAGGGCAUCUUUGCCCAAUUCCACACGAUGCGACAACAUACCAGCUGUAAAUACGGAACUUCCUGGACCAGAAUCUCUUGAGAACGCCGAAUCGCUCUGCCUCCAGCAGCUCACGUUGUUCGACGAUAUUACCUCGAAGAACGACCCCUUCAUGAGUAUCACUAGUGGGUCAAGAGAUUCCGGUGUUGAUGUGUCGUAUAGCGCAGGUUCUUCAGGGGAACCUUUCAAGGAAGGGCGUUCGGGCGAGUGCUUGCCAGAUCCAUGGACCGCAUUAGAACUCCCUGUACCGGCUACCUCUAGAGACAGCGAAGACCUCCGCCUCUUCAAAAACUUGCCUGGUGGGUUUCUAACGAAUCAUAUCUCUGUACCAUGGUAUCCUUCAGUGCUUGAGCUCGAUGAUGGACCCGAACCUUCAACCAAAGUCAAUGGCAUUUUGCACGACUCAACUCCUACUCCCACAAUGCACCUUGCUGUCAACACUAUGAGGAGUGAAAUCGGACGCCCGGUCAAUGAUACCAACCAAAGCAAUGGAAUACGAAAGCAUGCGGCCGAGGAUGACGGUGACCACGAUGGCAGACGGAAGAGACAGAAAGUAGACGAUGGCCGGAAGUUUGCUUACCCCUUUUUCAAAAGGAAUGCGCGCAAGUAUUCCAAGUGGACGUCUUGUCCAGGACCGGGCUGGGAGGAGAUUCACCGCGUCAAGUAUGCCAUCCCCACGGGCAAUUAUGCGACUCAUUUAUACCGACGUCACGAACUCAUCCAGUGCCCGCGCUGUUGGAGCACCCACAAGAACAACAAGUCGCUCGUUGCCCAUCUCCAAACAGAUCCAUCCUGCGAGAAACAGCCAAACUUGAGUAUAGUUGAUGGUGUUACUCCGGAACAAAAGGAGAAACUGCUCAGUCGCAAAAAGACGCAUGGUGACAUGACAGACGAGGAGAAAUGGCGUCACAUGUACAUGAUCUUGUUUCCGGAUGACGAUAAAGACUCAAUUCCAUCGCCCUGUAAGCCUUCGCUUCUUGUGUGAUUGAAUACAAUAAUGUGCCCAGACCGUUGACAGUUCUCAAUUCACAGAUUAUGAGGAGUCAGACGGCAGCGAAUUGGAGGAUUAUGCGAGGUUCAUGCGGAGAGAAAUGCCUCCGAUUGUCCGAAGGGAACUUGAAGGCUUGCCUGACCAGGAUUUCCAGAACAGAGAGCGCUUAAUGGCGCGGCUGGUUGAAAUCAUAUCAAACCUGCAAUUGAGGUUACUUGAUGUAUACCGACAGUCACCAGCAUCUGGACACGACCCGCGACCGCAACCUACAGAAGUGGAUUUCUCCCACGGCAAACCAAGGGCGAGCGGCAGUGGAUCGGGUACGAC